AUGAGUCGCCCACCAAAAACGAUGUCCGGUGGAACGAAGCCGGUCUCAGGAUUCCUGUUCAUUGACUUUGAAGCCGAUACAUCCAACGACCCUGAAGUUACUAGACAAAAGCACACUUUUAUCCAGAGGAAUUUUCAUCAGAAACUCAAGCAGACCCGAUUGGAGAAAUUGAAGGCGUCUAAACCCCGCAUUGGAUGGAUCUUUCAACCCGUAAAGGGUCCGGUUCUAGAGCCACCCCAAGCCGACGAUGCUAUCAAGGUCGAGCCGGACCGUGAUCCUGUACAGCAGGCAAACUUGCUGCCUGAGGCAUGGACGGUCAACCAAUACCUCGACGCAAGCUUCGUAGACCCAUUUUCAUCGCCGGUCCUACCAAUGACGGACGCAAUGAACUUGUAUUGGAGACACUUCCGACUUCACACUAUUACGUCGAGUUACCCCUUCGACACGGCCCGAAUGGGCAUGUGGUGGUGGCAGAAGGCCAUCACCGAACCAGCUCUUUUGCAGGCCCUACUCUUCCUCAGUGCGGGCCACAAAGCGGCUUUGGAGUCCAAUAGUGGAGUCUCGUCGAUGGCAGUGCGGAAGUCGUUUAAGGAUUCGUUUCGAUUACGGGGUGGUGCGCUGUGUAAUCUGAAAUAUAUCUUGCAGGAUCCAGUCAUGGCUGUAGCGGAAUCGAAUACACUUAUCGUUGCUUUUUUGCUCGCAAUUGAGGGAGUUGAUGCCAAUGCGAAAGCUGUGGAGGCGCAUUUGAAAGGACUCAAAAGGUUGAUCCAGCUCCAAGGUGGCAUUGACGCUCUGGACCACAUGACCGUAUCCGAAAUCUAUCAAGCCGACGUUAGAUGCGCCAGCUUCAAAUGUUGCCGUCCACACUUCCGCAUGUCCACAAAAUGGCGCAGCGAAGUUAUUUCCGACAAGAAGAUCUUUAGGUCUCGCGACGACGUCAACAUUCCAGGCCAGCUUCCCUUGCUGGCCACCCGCUUUUCAACUACCAAUUGGUCCAGCGACCUCGACCUCCCAACUCACUGCCUCAUCUUCGGCUUCCAGCGCCUGGUGCGCUACUACGAAGCCGCGCGACUACAGCCGUCAAUGGUCGUCCCAACAGACAACGACCUAUUCGUCAUCUUUGAACAUCAGUUGCUGUCAGUAUGCUUCGAUCCAGCCACCGCAUCCACCACCACCGGCCUAAUCUCAGAAUGCGUACGACUGUCUCUCUUCCUGUACUCCAACAUCCGAAUCCGGGAUUUUCAAGCUUUUCCCUUCAUCGGAUGCAUUGUAGCGUACCUAAGACAAAUGCUAGAAAUGUGUUUCGCCGACAUGCUCCUCGCAUCGGUGGACCUGCUCUUCUGGAUCUGUUUUAUUGCUGGUAUGGGAGCCAAGGGUUAUCAUGACCAUUCCUGGUUUGUGGCCCAGUUGGCCGAUAUCGCUCAUCUUCUUGGAUUGCAUGAUCUGUCGCAGGUUAAUGGGCUCCUGAUACAAUUCUUCUGGACGGUUCGGGUGAAUGAGACCUCUCAGCGUGAGUUAUGGGAGGAGGUCCUUCUGGAGCAGAGGGGCAAGUCAAGGCCACAGAUCAUGAAUAUAAAGACGUCUUGUGAGAGCGCUUAA